CCAAAUAAAAGCAGAGGGUCCGGGGCAGGCUGCAGUCGGAGUCCAGUGCGCACCAUGAGGAGAGCUGGAGAGCAAGUGGGUCUCCUCCUCUUCUGCCUGAUGAUCGCAAUCCAUCGAGGGGCGCAGGAGUCCUCCUGCCCAGAACUUAAGGCGCUGGGCCUGGAUGGGAGUGAUACAAUAGCCAUUGUGCGAGGGAGUCCAGGCUUGCCAGGACCACAAGGGCCACGGGGGCCCCCUGGCAUCCCAGGGGCCAAAGGAGGAAUUCUGCCCUUCUCCUUCUCUUUGCAUUCCAGGCGAGAAAGGCGACCCAGGAGAAAUGGACGAAGAGAGCUGGAGGCCUUUCAGUGCAAGCGAGGUGCCCCAAACUGCAAAGAGCUCUUGAAAAGAGGAGUGGUCCUGAGCGGCUGGUACACCAUCUACCCCCAGGAGUGCCAGCCUCUGGAGGUGCUGUGUGACAUGGACACCGAUGGAGGCGGAUGGAUUGUCUUCCAAAGACGGUCGGAUGGUUCAGUGGACUUUUUCCGGGACUGGGCUGCCUACAAGAGGGGAUUUGGAAACCAGUUGACCGAAUUCUGGCUGGGGAAUGACCACCUUCACCACUUCACCUCACUGGGAAAGAAUGAGUUGCGUGUUGACUUGAUUGAUUUCGACAAUCAUCAAACCUUCGCCAAGUAUGCGUCCUUCCAGGUGGCGGAAGAAUCCAACUGGUAUCAGCUAACUCUGGGCUCCUUCACGGGGGGCUUUGAUACUGAUUUAUAA